AUGGCCAGUCAGCCGCCAGACGAGGCGGCAGAGGCUCAGGUCUCUGACGAGCUUGAGUGUAAGAUCUGUUAUAAUCGGUACAAUCUGAAGCAGAGGAAACCCAAAGUGCUGGAGUGUUGUCACAGGGUUUGUGCCAAAUGCCUCUACAAGAUCAUCGACUUUGGGGACUCGCCGCAAGGUGUCAUCGUCUGUCCUUUCUGCAGGUUUGAGACCUGCCUGCCAGAUGAUGAAGUCAGUAGCCUGCCCGAUGACAACAACAUCCUGGUAAACUUGACUUGUGGAGGCAAAGGCAAGAAGUGCCUGCCAGAAAACCCCACCGAGCUGCUGCUGACCCCCAAGAGGCUGGCGUCCCUGGUCAGUCCCUCUCACACUUCCUCCAACUGCCUGGUCAUAACCAUCAUGGAGGUGCAGAGAGAGAGCUCCCCGUCUCUGAGCUCCACUCCCGUGGUAGAAUUUUAUAGGCCUGCGAGUUUCGACUCUGUUACCACUGUGUCGCACAACUGGACGGUGUGGAACUGUACGUCCCUGCUCUUUCAGACGUCUAUCCGGGUGUUGGUUUGGCUGCUGGGCUUGCUCUACUUCAGCUCCUUGCCCUUAGGGAUCUACUUACUGGUGUCUAAGAAAGUCACUCUUGGGGUCGUCUUUGUCAGCCUCGUCCCUUCAAGCCUUGUCAUUCUCAUGGUGUAUGGUUUUUGCCAGUGCGUUUGUCACGAAUUUCUAGACUGUAUGGCACCUUCUUCUUAA